UUUUUUUCUGGAGAAACGAAACUGAAAGAGUUUCAUUUUCCUUAUUGCAGUGAAUCAGCAGUAUCCAGUUGCUUAUGAAUACGCCUGAACAAACCUGCACUCCAGCCACAGUGAGCACUGAUACAUGUUAGAUAGGUCGUGAUGGCAUCCGAGCAGGAUGAUGUGAACCUGCGGCUCAUUGAAGACCUUACACCGAGGCUAAGAGAGCUUAUCGUGGUGGAGCGAGUCCUGGAUCAUUUAGAUUUUAUCAAAAACGAUGUAAGGGAAAAGAUUAGACAGAAGGCGAAAACCGAGGGUGAUCUGUCAGCUGUGGAUCUCCUCAUUGCAUCCAUCACCAAGAAGCCUCACAGUCCCGGCUGGUUCAGUGCAUUUGUUGACGCGCUGUCAAACACAGGUUUAAUCCACGCAGCUGAAUGCAUACAGCUGAAUCAAAAACCCGAAGAAGAGGCAGAGAAUGAAUACUGUGUCAAGCUUAUCCAAAUACUGUCCCCAAGUCUUGUGGAAAUGAAGACUGUGGAUGUGUGCCUCAAGUGUUUCUCAAGUGGCCUGCUGAACCAGGACGACAAGGAGCUUAUUGAAGCUGCAAUACAAAAUCAUGGGUCCAGGAGUGGAGCCCGAGAACUCCUGAGAGCAAUAGUAAGAGGACAUUCACGGUGGUUUUCUACAUUUCUCAGUGUCCUGCGGGACACUGGACAUCAACACUUGUAUGAGCUGACUGGAGGAUCAUCUGACUGUGACAAUAAAGGCUGUGAUGAGAAAAUGUGUUCAUUCAAAGAUGAACCAACAGGAAGUGAUGUUACCAUGGAGAGCCAAGCAGAAGCUGAUGGAAGCGGCAGCAUAGAGUUCAUGGAAACCAGCACAACCGAGAACCCUCAGGAUGAAGAUCUGUACGCAGCGGGGGGCCAGAGUUCUGAAUCCAGACUGCAGUCAAACAGCAUGGAGCUCUCACAACCAGCUGGGACUGACUCAGAGGCAGCAACCAGAGGCCCAGAAACAGCACAUAUUGUUCUCCGAGAUUAUCAGAAGGAUGUAGCUGGACCUGCCUUGGAGGGGGAAAACAUCAUCAUAUGCCUCCCGACAGGAAGUGGUAAAACCAGAGUUGCAGUUUAUAUUACCAAAACACAUCUGGACAGCAGGAGGGCCGAAAAGCGACCAGGGAAAGUGGUCGUACUGGUGAACAAGGUCCCCCUCGUGGAGCAGCAUUACUCGUCAGAGUUCCUGCCUUUUUUGAAGCCCACAUAUAAAGUAGAGCGAGUCAGCGGAGACUGCCAGCAUAAGAUCUCCUUCACAGAAAUUGUGAAGAGGAAUGACGUCAUCAUUUGCACAGCCCAGAUUCUGGAGAAUUACUUGGAGAGGUCUAACAGCGAGGAGGACGAAGGGGUGAACCUAAGCGAUUUGUCACUGAUCGUCAUAGAUGAGUGUCACCACACUCAAAAAGGAGAGGUCUACAAUCAUAUCAUGAUGCGAUACCUGAAGCAGAAGCACAAGAACUUCAGGCUGAAGAAGGAGCUGAAGGAGCAGGUGCCCCUCCCUCAGAUCCUGGGUCUGACUGCCUCGCCAGGGGUUGGGGAAGCCACAACAAUGGAGCAAGCAAAGGAGCAUAUACUACGCAUUUGUGCAAACUUGGAUGCUGUCAAUAUCAUGUCAAAAAGCAUUGGAGAGUUCAGAAAGGACCAAAGGACAAAAAUUGUAACCGUUGAAGACAGAAAACAGGAUCCUUUUGGUGAUGUAAUCAAGAACAUCAUGAAUGCCAUUCAUGUCCAUGCUGACCUGAGUCCCAACUGUGACCUCGGCUCUCAGAAUUACGAACAGUGGAUUAUUCAAAAGGAGCGGACUGCGGCAACGGAGGAAGACCACAAAGUGCGGGUUUGUGCGGAGCACCUUCGACAGUACAGCGAGGGCUUGAAUCUCAGCAACACGAUUCGCAUGCAUGAUUCCCUCAGUUUCCUGAACAAGUACCAGGAGGACGCGUUGAAAAAGAAGGCAACACCUGAAGAUGAGGAGAGCAUACAAAUCACAGACUCUGAGAGAUUCCUCUUCAGCUUGUUCAGAGAGAACAAGGAAGAGUUGCAGAGGCUUGCAAAAAUGCCGCAGUAUGAAAAUGACAGCCUGUCAAAACUCAGAAGUAAUAUUCUGCAAGAAUUCAGCAGCCGAGACACGGCCAGAGGGAUCAUUUUCACCAAAACACGGCGCAGCGCCCUCGCUCUAACUCAGUGGAUCCAGGAAAACCCAAAGUUUGCUGACAUCGGAGUGAAAGCAUCUUAUAUCAUCGGAGGAGGAGACCAGAGUGUUGUUAAACCAAUGACCUCUGCAGAGCAAAAGGACGUGCUGAAUAAAUUUGGCAAAGGGGACGUCAACUUGCUGAUUGCCACCUCUGUGGCUGAGGAAGGGCUGGACAUACCAGAGUGCAAUAUUGUGAUCCAAUAUGGCCAACUGACCAAUGAGAUUGCUAUGAUUCAGGCCAGAGGCAGAGGAAGAGCUAAGGACAGCAGUUACAUUCUGAUCGAGGUCAAAGGCUCGGCCGUUUCUGAAAAGGAGUGUGUCAAUGAGUUCCGCAUCAACAUGAUGAACAAAGCAAUCGACAAAAUCCGAGCCAUGAUUCGGGAGGACUACAAUAAAAAGAUCGAAGAUUUACAGUAUCAGUCUAUAAUGGAAGAGAUGGUGAGAAUGAAGAAGAAGAGGCAGAGCGAAAUAAAGAACGAGAGCCCAUCUGACGUGCAGUUCAACUGCCGUGGCUGCAGCCAGCCUGUCUGCACUGGUGAAGAUGUCCAGGUCAUCGAAAAUGUGCACAGAGUCAAUGUCACAGCUGAGUUCAAGGAACUUUUCAAUCAGACAGAGAAUGCCAGUCUUCAAGAGAGACUUCUUGAUUAUGAGACCAAGGGCUUCAUAUCAUGCAAACGCUGUGGGCAGAAGUGGGGCUCCAUGAUGUUUUACAAGGGGAUUGACUGCCCCUGUCUCCACGUGAAAAACUUUGUGGUGACAGUCAGCGGAAAGAAGAUCACCAAAUGCACCAAGUGGAAGGAUCUUGCCGUCAAGUUUUCUCCCUUUGACUAUGCUGAAAAUGCAAGACGACUAAUGUUAGACGAUGAAUACUUGUAAAUCAAGAUAACUUCGCACAGUACACUUAUAGAGGGAUUUGUGUUGCAUUCUCCACACUGAGACUUGCACAGCAAAAUAUAAAGUGACUGUCACAGUGGUGCAGUGUUUACAGUCAUCAAAACUGGAGCAACUGAUGGUGGUGGGGUUGAAAGCAUGUGCUGCAAUCAGUUACAUGAUUUAAAUGGUAAAAGGAUUAUGUCAUAUAUUUCUAAGAUUGUCAAAAUAUGAGUUUAAAAUGGGUUUUUGGGAUACUGCAAGUUGCAUUUACAAUUGAAUGUAUUUUAGAAAUGUCAAUUAAUAAGUGCAUUAGCCUUCUGAUACAAGACGAACUGGAUAAACUGCAUGAUAAAAAAAAAAAAAAAUACUCCUCUCAAAGCCCUGUGGUCUCAUGGGAUGGGAGUCACUGAGCCCGUUAUGGUCCCUCUGAGACCACCUGUCAACACAAACAGGUGCUGUUGAUUUGCCAUUCAAUUCAACUGUUAGUGAGUCACUCUUGUUGAGCCAGUCAGAGCUUCUAUUUUUAGAUCUACCUUUAAGGAUUGUUUCCGCAUAAUGAUAAGUAACCUGUCUGACAAGCACCAGUAUUCAAAGUGUGUGGAUGCUCUUAGACAUAAACCUGUGUCUACUGUCUUCAUUUUUCAUAUGAAUUGAAUUCGAAAUAAAAGCUCUUCAUAAUUACCUGA